AGCUGAUGUUCCGAAAUUUGAGGUAUCUGUCAAGAGUUCUGAUAGUGGGUCAUUUGGGGGAACUAAACUCAAUGGGACCAAUUACCGCAAAUGGAAGCGACUUAUGACGGCUCACCUUCGAGGCAUGCACAAGAUGGGGCAUGUAACCGGAAUAACUAAGGCUCCUAGUGCAGAUGAUAUUAUUGCCUACACUAAAUGGGACGACAAUGAUGGCCUUGUGAUGUCCGUCUUGUGGAAAGCUAUGAAUGAAGAAAUAAUUGAUUUGGUGGAGGCAUGUGACACUGCGCAGGCAAUAUGGCUCACACUUGAAGGCUUAUAUACUAAUGACUCUGAUUUCAUACAGGUUCAUGAGUUAAUGUGCACCGCUUUGGCAAUGCAACAAGAUGGGCAACCGGUGGCGCAAUAUUUCACCAAACUAAGAAAUAUUUGGGCUGAGAUUGAUGUGAAACGUCCUUGCAUGAUCAAACAUCAGGAGGAUAUUAUUUGGUACCAACGUGAGAAGGAGCUUGAGCGAGUUCACCAUUUUCUGAAAGGUCUUGAUACUAAACAUAACAAUGCGAAAGGGGAAUUGCUCCGCCAGACCGAGCCACCUAGCUUAACUGCAGCUUUCACAUAUAUCCGUAAGGAUGAAUCUCAGCAGAACAGCCUUCAUCACACACAAGUUGAAGUUUCCAGCCUUACUAUCCGUGCUCGAUCUUCAGCACCGCCCCUUCAGCAGGCCAUUUCAUCCUCACUUCAUCACCGAGGACCACCACCAGGCUUCGGGAAUCAGCCCCGCCCUCCUUGCUCUUAUUGUCAAGAUACCAACCAUGCUCGUGCAACCUGUUGGAAGUUGUAUCCACACCUUAGGCCCCAAAGGCCUAAUUAUCGUCCUAAAGCAAAAGCAGCUAUUCAACUGAUCCAGGAACCAGAUAUUUAUGGUGUAGUUGGACACGAUCAUCAUACAGCAGGAGGAGUAACACCCACAGCAUCAAUAGCUGGUCGUGGUAAGAUUGGAUCUUCUCACCGGGGAGUUAAUUGGUCGGGGGUAUCUACGGGGCAGGUUGUUUCAUCUGGAUCAGACAUAUGCGGGAGAAAAACCAGGGGCACAGUCCCAGAUCGCUUUACUCUCCACUUCUGAUAAGCUAAGUGAAGUUUGGUUAUGGCAUCGUCGCUUGGGGCAUCCUUCAUUUAGUAUAAUGAAAAAAUCCAUGCCUACUUUGUUUAUUGGUGUGGAUGAGUCAGUUUUUCGUUGUGAAACAUGUGUUUUAGGCAAGAGUCAUCGGUCUACCUAUUCCCCUAGUACUUCUAAUAAAAGUAUCAUUCCUUUUGAAUUAAUUCAUUCUGAUGUUUGGGGACCCUCCAAAGAGUCUACUAUUUCGGGAAUGCAGUAUUAUGUGUCAUUUAUUGAUGAUUGCACACGUCUUUCAUGGAUUGUCCUUCUGAAAACCAAAAAUGAGGUUUUUUCGGCUUUUCAAGCCUUCUAUACCACUGUCCAAACACAAUAUAAUGCCACAAUAAAAAAUUUUCGUUCUGAUAAUGGGGGGGGAAUAUGUGAAUCGUGUCUUUCAGGAGUUCUUUAACGCACAUGGCAUUGUUCAUCAAACAACGUGUCCUUACACACCUGAGCAGAAUGGAGUUUCCGAAAGAAAAAAUCGUCAUUUACUUGAAAUGGCUCGGUGUAUUCUCUUUAGUGCCCAUAUGCCUAAAUACCUUUGGGGUGAUGCUGUCAUAACUUCUGCUCACCUCAUUAAUCGUCUUCCAUCUCGUGUCCUUGAAGGCAAAGUUCCAUAUGAGGUGCUUGCAUCCCAUGUUUCCUUACCCUCUU